AUGAAAUAUUAUGAGAAUGGAGAUUUACAUUCAUAUCUUGAUGAAGCGCAAGGAAUGCUUUGCUGGAGAGAUAUUGUUGAAAUGCUUUACGAAAUUUCCGGAGGAAUUAAAGAUAUUCAUAAAGGGGAAUUAAUUCAUGGAAAUCUUCAUGGAGGCAAUGUGUUAAUUGAAAAUGAACCAGAUUUUGUAG